GUAGAGCCACUGCUCCACAUCGAGAGGAGCCAGUUGAGGUGGUUCAUCUGGUUAGGAUGCCUCCAUUUAAAGGUGUUCCAGACACGUCACGCUGGGAACGAUCCAUAAAUGGAAGAGUUCCUGAUCCACCAGCUUAAGAAGGUAGUUUCUCAACACAUCCACCCAGCAACACGUCCACCCUGCAGCCUKCCUUUAUAACAGCCGACUCCACUGCCGCCACACAAGACUAACUCAGCAAGGAGGGCAGGAUGAACUCUUUCAGCACGCUCCUCUUCCUCAGCCUGGCUGCUGCAGCUUCCUGUGUGCCUGUUGCACAGGUUACAGUGGAUGAUAGAGACUUUGCAAAGGACUACCUGAAGAAGUUCUUCAACCUCACAGAGGAGAGAGGCCCAUCGACCAGACGGGGGGGAGUCAGCCCCAUGACUAACAAGCUGAUGGAGAUGCAGAACUUCUUUGGUCUGAACGUGACAGGGACACUGGAUUCUGAAACCCUGGAGCUGAUGAAGAAGCCSCGCUGUGGUGUUCCAGAUGAAAAAGUAGCUCGUUUCACUACUUUUGGAGACAGARCCAAAUGGAACAAAAUGAGCCUCACAUACAGGAUAGUGAACUACACACCAGACAUGCGUACGGACGAGGUGGAUUUUUCCAUUGACAAAGCUCUGCAGGUGUGGGCCAGAGUCACUCCUCUGAGGUUCACAAGGAUCUACAGCGGCACAGCUGACAUCAUGAUCUCCUUCGGUCGUCAGGAACAUGGGGAUUAUUACCCCUUUGAUGGCCCUCAGGGGACUCUGGCCCAUGCAUUUGGACCUUCUCAGGGCAUUGGAGGAGAUGCUCACUUUGAUGAUGAUGAGAAAUUCAUAUUCGGCUCAGGAAGAGGCUACAUCCUCUUCCUUGUUGCUGCUCACGAGUUUGGCCACUCUCUGGGCUUGGAUCACUCUAACGACCGAGGUGCUCUCAUGUACCCCCUGUACUCGUACAAAAACCCAAACACCUUCGUUCUGCCACAGGACGAUGUCCGAGGCAUCCAGUCCCUCUAUGGUUCUACGUUCCUGUUCAGUGGAUCCUACCUGUUUGAGUAUUCCUCUGACAGAAAGUCAUUCAGACUCAAAAAGACGUACCCUCUGAGCUGCAACAGCCUCUACAGCCACUUCUUUUGA